AUGGCCGACUUUGCGAAGAUGUCGGUGUCUGUAACACAACAAUGUUUUAGAGCAAGUCUGCUCUUUCUAGCGAUCUCAUACACUCAGUGUCUUAGCCUCAACACAGCUUGUAUAGAAGUGAAGAAGGCGUAUGCGGAGAAAGGUUUUGACGAAAACGAAGUGCCCAUAACUGCAAUAUCGGGUAUGGAUUUAUCAAUAUGUCCUCACACAGAGACGUGCUGCACGCGGAGCAUGGAGGACAAGUUAGUAUCUCUGACUAAUAAAGAACACAUACGACAGCUCGAUGAGCCUUUUAAACUGCUGAAAACUAAUUUUGCUUCACGUACGAAAAAGUUUGACGAAUUUUUUACAGAUCUAUUGGACAACGCAAGAAGAGACUUGCACGAAAUGUUCGUGAAAACGUAUGGAUUACUCUACCAACAAAAUGCCCAAAUAUUUGCACAGCUGUUCGACGAUCUGCGCGGCUACUACAAGGGGAAAGACAAGAACCUGGUGGAGGUCAUGGAAAAUUUCUUCAGCAAACUGCUACAGCGAAUGUUCGAGUUGAUUAAUGCCACUUACAAGUUUGACGAUGACUACUUAGUCUGCGUCACCGAGCGGAUGAACGAUCUGAAGCCUUUCGGAGACGUACCUCAGAAGUUGUCCUUGCACGUCAAGCGGUCUUUCAUAGCGGCCAGGACCUUUGUUCAGGGUCUGGCUAUUGGCAGAGAUGUGGUCAGUACUGUGAUGGAGAUCGCCCCUUCAGAUGCCUGUGUGAAAGCCAUUGUCCGUAUGACCUAUUGCCCUUACUGUCGAGGGCUGACGUCAACGAAGCCUUGCAGCAACUAUUGCCUGAACACCAUGAAGGGCUGCCUAGCCCAGCACGCAGACCUCAACGAUGUCUGGAAUGCCUAUAUUGAUGCCCUGAACAUGCUGGCUGGACGACUAGAAGGCCCCUUUAACAUCGAGUCGGUGGUGGAUCCGUUGGACGUGAAGAUCUCUGAAGCGAUCAUGAACCUGCAGGAGAAUUCCCAGAAGGUCACCACACAG